CCAGCAUUCAUCAUGGCGGAUGAUCAAAAUAAGAAUGAUUAUUUUGUGAGGGAACUUGAAAAAAACGACGGUUCUUCUUUGAAGCUGAAACAGUGCUACAUGGGAGAUGUGGGCUGUGUGGUUUGGGAUGCAGCCAUUGUUCUUGCAAAAUAUUUGGAGACGAAACAAUUUUGUGAUCCGUCCACAGGAGUGAAUGUGUGGGCUGGUAGGAGGGUAGUGGAGUUGGGAGCUGGAACGGGAGCUGUUGGACUCAUGGCAGCAACUCUAGGAGCUCAAGUAUAUGUGACAGACCUGGAAGAAUUGCAGACCCUUCUUAAAGCGAACAUCCUAGAAAACCAGGAAGUUAUUGGAACUGGAUCCAUAACUGCCAAGGUACUAAAAUGGGGUGAAGAUGUGUCUGACUACAUGCCACCUCCACAUUAUAUCCUUAUGGCAGACUGCAUUUAUUAUGAGCAGUCUGUUGUUCCACUGGUGGAGACUCUGAAGCUGCUUGCUGGACCUGAGACCUGCAUUAUUUGCUGCUAUGAGCAACGCACAGAGGGUGUUAACCCAAAAGUAGAAAAGCAGUUUUUUGAGUUACUGCAACAAAACUUCAGCUGCGAGGAGAUCCCUUCAGACAAACAGGAUCCAGAGUUCAGUAGUCCAGACAUUCACAUCUUGCAUAUCCGAAGAAACAUUUGAGUUUGGGUGGUUAAAUCUAUUUCACUAGUUAAAGUUGUAUCUCAAGUGUAUCAUUUUUUUCUGUACAUUUUGUAAAGAAAUAAAUUUUUACUGUAACUGAACAGUCCUGAAACGUGAUCACAGUAAACAUCAUGAGAACCACAAUUGUUCUUUAAAGGAUUACAGCAAUGAUAGGGAAGGUACUGGCAGUGGUUUGUGGUGAGUCAUUUGUAUAUUCCAGCUUGAAGAUAGAGAAUUAGUCUUGCAAAUUCUUUUUGCUUUUUAUGCAAAAGACAAUCAAGUAAAUGUAAAAAGUCAGAACAGACAAUAUUUUCAACUACAAGAUACAGUGAAUGUAAGAAUAUUGUGCGUCUACUUUUUUAUCACUAUACUUACUGUACUGUACUUAUUGAUCCAAUAAGUCACUGCUCAAGUAAUUUAACUGUAAAAUGCUGUGUAU